AUUCUUUAGGGUUAUAAUAUAUGUUCUGUUAUUGGAUAUUGGCCGAAAGGCAAUAUAUUGCUGAAACAAUUACUCCAAGAGAGGUAAGCACCCCUUUUGUUUUGUUUUUUAUUCAUACAAAGGUAUACAAAUGUAGAUGUUUCUUAAUUAUAGUCAAAGACUUCGUUUCAAGAAGAAAAAGAACAGUCACAAUUUAAUUUUUGGAAAUGUGUGUAGACAUGUGAUUUAUAUAUAACAUCACCUCGGAUGAGUCUAUAAAAGUGAUAUUGAAAUAACUAAAUCUUGAUUAAUUUAAAUUAUUUAGAAAUAUUGUGAUAUAAAUAAAUAAAUCUUAAUUUCAUAGAAUAUAAUAGAAUGAUUUUUUAUUCAAUAUUGAUUAUUACAUAAUACUUAUUGAAAGUCAUUUUUUAUCUACAUUUUUUGUUUUAGAUACCUGAAGGUGCUUUAAUAUGUUUUGCUUGUUGGGUACAUACCUGGCGUACAAUACAACAACAAGGAAUCAUAGCAGCUUCUACUGUUGUUAUGAAUAUGAAUGUAUGUGUAUGGUGCCGAUGGUCUCUUGCCCAUACACACAGCCACUCCAUACAUGAAGGACCUGAGCGGACCAUAAUAACAGAAAUAAUAUAUCCAAGAGAGAUUCCACCAGGAGGACUGGUUUUCUAUGCUUGUUGGGUAGCAACAUGUAAAAAUGUGGAGCAUGCUAUAAGGAUUGAGGAUGAUCGGCAAACUCCAACCCCAUCUAGCCUUCACCAAGACUAAUGUAUGCAUGGUGUAGAAUGUCUCUACACCGAAAGCUAAAACACAUUGCUCGUGGUCCUGUAAGAGAUAAACUUGCAGCAAGAAUUUACCCAAAUCAGUUACCAGAAUAUGUGCUUAUUUGUUCCAACUGUUGGACACGUGCACAGGAAAAUAUAGGAAUAGAGCAAGAAGUUGUGCAACAAAUUGAUAUGCAGCCACCAAGUGCAUCAAUAACACUUGAUGGUUUUACACACACAACGCAGACAAGUGCUCAUUGUUUAGUGCCGGCUUGUAACAAUGUAGAACGAAAUAGAGUGCCGGAAUACUUAAGAAAAAUUAUAUAUAUUUGAUUAUUAUUUUUAUAAUAUAUAAUCAAUCACACAAUAAAUGAUUUAAUU